CCAUGGCUGAAGUAUUUUGAUCAUCAGUGCAAAUGAACGGUCUAGAAAAUAAAGAUGUUGCUUCGUGAAUCCACAAACAUGGCGGAAACGGUCGACAGAGGGGGCGAGUGUGGCUCGGCUGCGUCUGACGGCACCGACUCGUUCCCCAGCGAGGAAUACGAGUGCAAAAUAUGCUACAACUACUUCGACUUGGACCGCCACACUCCCAAACUGCUGGCCUGUUCCCACACCUUCUGCCAAGAGUGCCUCGACGCGCUGCACUCCCGGGACGGUCGAAGAUGGAGAAUCGGCUGCCCCGUGUGUCGCCACCGAACUCCGGUACCGGAACAUCGGGUUCAAAACCUCCCCGACAACACCGCGGUGACAGACGUGCUCCCGCUCAAAAAGCACGAAUGUGUGAACCAGGCAAACACAGAUGAUGACUACACGGGCCCGGCCGUCUCUUUAGCAGCCUCCCAAGAGAGCAACGACAGCUGUCAGACUUGCAAACAAGUUGCGUUUACGACGGGCUGCGUGUGCGCCAUCUUCUCCUUCCUGUCCAUGGUGGUGUUGUUGUUCCUGGGCCUCAUCUUUGUACACAACUUCAAUCACACUGCGUCGCUAGUCGGCCCCGUGUGUUUGUUUGCAGCCAGUGUCCUCGCACUGUUUUCGCUCAUUCUCACUUGGUUACUGUGCAUGUUGAAGUACCGGCCUGAAACCGAAGCAAGCAACUUCAGUUCCCUCAAUUCUAAUAUGAUGUGAUCCUCCGGCUGCAGAGCCGGGAUACAUGAACUUGGCCUGGCCAGGAUAAUAAAAGGGAGACCUGUUUAUUUAUUUCACAUUAAGACAUCCUUAUAGAUGUCCUUAAUGCCCCAUGUCAGUACUGAUGGACAUGAAUGAAGGACUCUAACUGAUUGCAUCACAAAGACCUUUGAGUACAGGUUUCAUUAACAAUGAAGUUGAAACUAGGUUUAUGACACAAUAGAAUAUCUUUAGUCUGGGCUCCAAUAUGUGACCAUCCACUUUCACGUUGGUCGUUACAAUUUCUGAAGGCCUGUCACAUAUGACAGUGAGUCUGUGUAAACCCCAGUACUGAGGUCAGUGGACCCUCGCACCUUAGAGGAUUUUUCUCAAAGUCAAGACUCUACAUAGGCCUUUUUCAUAGAAGACAUUUUGACAUGUGAAAGUAUGAAAAGUGCAGCUGUAUAAAUGAUAAAAUGAAUGGUGGCUGUUUUCUGUUUACCUGCUUCAGUUUCAGGGUCCUGGUCUUGUGCAUGCUGGCUCACUGUCACGCUGUCAUGACUUAGUGGGACUAGAAUAUAGAAAAGCAUUGUCAUUAAUGUUCUUAGUGAUAACUGUGCUUUUCCUGUUGUCACGAGCCAAAAUGUCUGCUGUGAAAAAGGUCAAUAUUGACUGAAAUUGAUAGCCGUAUAAGUCUUGUAUACUAUCUAGUAGUAGUAGCCCUUAAACAUUUCAACUGUAUCUUCGGCAUAUACAGUAAAAGUAAACCAUUUUAGGAUAAGUUGAGAUACAUUAUAUGCGAAGCUCCAAUGCCUCCCAUACUGUUUGAUUUUCUUACAGAAUCCACCUUUUAUAUGCAACUUGAUUAUUAUUUAUUUUUAACACUUUUGAACAAAAUGCACUUCGGGCUUGAGUUCUUGUUUGAGUGAUGUACAAAUGUGUGAGUGUGUAGUGGUAUGUCAUGCAAUGACAAACGCUUACACAGAAGACCUACAAUCACCAAAAGAGCACUUUAACUUGGCUUGCUAAUGAAAAUAUUAGCAACCAUAGGCUGGAAUAAUGGGAAGAUAGCUCAUUAAAGCGGUUUCCUCCCCUAGUUUCCUCCCACAAUUCUUUGUUGCACUGAAACUAUUUAUAUAACAAAUUUCAUAAGGUGCUUGGAGGCUACUGUGCGAGCAGGUGUGCAUGUAUGCGAACAAGAAUGUGUCAAGCUGUUGGUAUGUAACUGAUUUAUUAUAAUCUUCUUGUGCCACCACCAUCUCUAACAACAUGGCCCAUUGUGCCAACGACAGAACCUGUUUACCCCAUAACCACCUCUGUGUUAUUACACUGGCUCCCUGUGGUGGACCUGGACAGCAGGGAAUGCCAGGCCAAUGACCCUGAGGGGACAUGAGCCUUCACAAGAUGAGAGAAAUAACUUUGGGGUAGGGGGCCACAAUAAGAAGUGAUGUAAAGUAGCGAGACAAUAGAAGUGCAGAUGACCUCCUAGGGGUCUUGAAUCAUCUGCUAGGCUUAUGUUUGCUUUUCCAAGUCAUAUAAAUUGCAAGAAGAUAUAAACUCCACUAACAACUUGGUCCACGCCCAGAUCACUCUCA